AUGAAAACGCACGUAAUGGUAACUGCCAACUGUGGAGAAGUGGAAGGGGGAUCAAAUGACUCCUCAGAUUCUGCCACUGUCGACAUGGACGAAACGUACAGCAGGAAGAAAUCCAAAUGGAAUGGGAGGAAAAUAUUUAUGAGGUCAUCAUCAUCUUCGCGCUUUUCAAUCAAUUCUUGUGAUUCAGGGAAGAGCAACUACUCCUGUUACUAUUUGAACUCAGAUUGUUUCUUAAAAAAUGUAAGUAUUUGCAAAAAGUGUCUUUUUACUUAUUUUGAAUUUAAUAACGUAACGAAUGUGAUUUAUAUGAGACAUGGUGCUAGAACCCCCAAAAAGAAAAUCCGAAAUGUAUGGCCAUUCAAAGAAGGGAAAGGCGAUUUGACAUUUUUGGGAUUUCAACAAUCUCUCAAAAUUGGAAAAUACUUGAGGAAGUAUUAUUAUAGCAUGAGAAAAUUAAACAAAAUUUAUAACGGCAACUGUAACUUGUCAAGUAAAGAGAGUACGUUAUUCGACUCGGGUACAUCUGGAAAUAUGCAUAUGGAAGGCGCCACUUUGGAUAAACAAAAGAGGAAGAAGAGGCAGAACGCAAAGCAUGAAUCGAACCCGGAUGAGGAGCGUGAGGAAACGCACAGCACAUCAGUACAAAUGGCAGAAAAGACGAAGAUGGAGAGGAUGGAAAAGAUGGAGAGGAUGGAAAAGAUGGAGAGGACGGAAAAGAUGGAGAGGACGGAAAAGAUGGAGAAGACGGAAAAGAUGGAGAAGACGGAAAAGAUGGAGAAGACGGAAAAGAUGGAGAAGAAGAUUUUGUUGAAAUGGGUGUGCAGGCAGAGAAAGGUAAACAAAACAAUCAAAAUGCUGUUGCAUAAAAAGGCGCCUUUUGUUAUACCUACAAGAAAAUUUUCCAAGAAUGUUAACAGGAAAAUGAAAUGGAUCCAUUUUCUGCAAAAAGGAAUGGAAAAAGAAGAACCUAUAGACAUCAAUUUACUCAGGAAUAUGUUCGCAAAUUAUUACGGAAAUAGAAAGGAGAAGAAAAAGAAAAAAAAAAAAAAAAAAAAAAAAAAAAAAAAAGAAGAAGAAGAAGAAGAAGAAGAAAACAAAAAGGACAAUAAAAACAACAACAUGGUUAGUUUUAGAAGUAACCUAAUGGACAUGCCAUCGCGCAAGAGGAAGAAUCGCCCAUCAUAUGAUGAUCUUUUAAAUGGUAGAGAAAACAUGAAAGAUUCUUACAAUAACAGAUGGAAGAUGAUGAGCUCUAUGUUGGGAAAAUCCUCGUCGCAUGAAAUAAUUUGUAAAAAGAAUUACCUGCAGAAACUGCUGAAAAACUUUAAUAUAGAAAAGGAAAAAAGAAAGUAUGACAAACUUAUCAAUCUGAUUAAUAAAUUCGUGUGCAUAAAAACUACAAGUAGUGAAAGAUGCAAAUUAACAGCUUAUGCGAUUAUUUGUGGGAUUCUUGGAAUCACUGAAAAGAUGUUUUUCUUCUUUUUUUUAUUAUCCUUUGAUAGUGAGCCGUCUGAUUUGUACAGACGAGACUUAUGCAAUCGCAACUUAUGCAAUCCAGAUUUCUUUGAUAAAAAUCGACUGAGUAAAGAUGAACUCUUACAGACCAUCAGAAACAGGGGAAAUGUAAAAUAUCCCAUAUUCCUUCCACACAAUCGACAUCCAAACAUUGAAAGCAUCGAUGAGGGGACGAAAAAUGCACACUCUCCAUUGAGUGAGAAGCUACUUUCCAAUAAUAAGGAUUAUCAUUCUGUCGAUUCACACGUGAAGACCGUGUCCCCAAGUCUUGACAAUAAUGAUCUAAUAAAAUGGAACCCAUUUUACACCACAUUUUGUAAUUCCAAUCCUAGUUGCACCCUUCGGAAUAACACUUCUAAGGGCAACACUUCUAAGGGCAACACUUCUAGCGAGACUUACAACCAAAUUGGACGUACAUCUACGUUUCCAAUUUUGAAUUAUCACCUAUUGGGGGAAAAGGCUAGGGGACACUGCAACACAAGUGAGAAUAUACAAUCCAUACCACAUGGAAAAAAUUGCAUGCACAGUUCAGGUAAAAGUGAUAACGAUAACCCAAUUUUACACGGAUUCGAAUAUGAAAGAAACGGAAGAAGGGAAGCUAGUCAUGGCAACAGAUACCCCAACACUGAUAAUCAUCGCAUUGGAGAUGUAAAUAUUUUAAAAAAUUUUGCUUCCAAUUUACCAUUCAAUUGCUAUGAGAAUACAACAGAAGAGAAUCAUGUGAAAAGGAACGAUCAAAAUUUCCUCUUCAGUGAGAGUACAUUUGAUGAUAAUACACAAUUUACACAGAAACAAAAUUAUUACAACGAUUCAGAUGAAAGACAUACAAAAGAUAAAGGAAAAAUGAAAGAAAAACGAGAAGAGGAGGACGUACACAUUGUGAAAUGUGUUAAUUGUAAGAUGGAAAAGUCAUUCAAAAGGGAAGAAAUGUUGAUUAGAAGUGGGCAUUGUAAAGGAGGACAAGAACGAAAAGGAGAGAAUUAUUUUAGAAUGAGAAAUAGCUUAAUAUACAAUAUGAAAGUUUUUUUUGAAUUUGUUAUGAACAGCAAGUGUAAUUCUUAUUUCUUUUACAGCAAGAUGAUGAAAGCCAAAAGUGGAAAUGAAAAAAAGGUAGAAAUGUCUUAUAUUUAUUUUAUUUUUGAACUAUAUAUGCAAUAUAUAUUAAGCGAGAUCUCCGAUUAUAUAGGCUGUUUGAAUGAAUCUUCUCGUGGCACUAAGUAUUAUGUGUGUUGCACAAAGAAGUAUCAAUCAGAGAUGUGUGAAAAACGGCGUCAUAGGGAAGUAGAACCUAAGAAAGAAGUUCAGGAUAAAAGCGACGUGGUGAACAUUAAUUCUAUAUAUGUUUUCAAUGAGAAUACCAAAAUAUGCAAUAAUUAUGCAAUUGUAUGUGACAUCGAGGGAGGUAAACCAAACAAAGGAAAUUAUCAUGACACACAUGGAAAUGAUAGCCAAGAUGGAAAUGUACCAGAUUCGGACAUGGUUGCACAUUCACUUGAAGAUAGGGUGUAUGAAACAGAGAAAGAGGGAAUGCACAGAAAAGCUUCUUCAAUACGCUGCUAUGAUUGUGAGAGACAUGAUGAGAGCGUAGAAAAAGAAGGAGUUACAAACAAUUUGUUGACAUACCUAAUUAGGUACAUUAAAAAUCUUUUCUAUUAUUUGAAAAAUAUAUAUAUUUUAAGUUCUGUUGUAAGUGUAGCAAAGAGAAAUUCCCUAUUGUUGAAAACUUUAAAAUCGAAUAAUCAUUAUAUAAAGGAAUUAAAAAAUCACAUUUUUUAUAAUUCCAAUAUAUACAAAUUGUUAAAUAAUUAUUACAAAGAGGAAAUUUCCAUAGUUUAUUAUAUCACCAAAUGGAAUAGUCGAAAUUACCUGAACAGGUCAGAAUUUUUGCUAAAUGAGACAUGCACACAGAAUGCACCAAAAAGGUCCCCUGCAAAUGAAAGAAAAAUGAAAAAUAGAAUAUUAAACAUUUUAAAAAAACACAAUUCGUCAUUGUACAAGUUGAAGAAAAAAUUAAAUAAAUCCAUUAUUCUUAAGGAUCUUAAAAAGUUAAAUUACUAUUCUGUUAGUUCUACCUCGCUAAGUGUUACAAAUUUUGGACAAAAAAAAAUAAUACAAGAAAAAAUUAAAAAUUUGAGACAUCACUUAUUUUUUAAUAAUAAAAGGAAAAAUAUUAAAAUAAUUAAAAAGUUUAUUAGUGCUUAUGAUGCAUAUGUAUAUCAUAAUGUUCAUCUUGUAUUAGAUUUUCAUAAAGCAUACAAACAUGUGGAGGUUGAUUAUGGUUCUAGUGAUGGGUUAUUACACCCAAUGGUAAGCAUCAAAAAUGGAAAGAAGGAAAAUAUAAAGAACAAAAGAAUUUGGAAUCAUUCAUUCAAUAAUGAUCAUGCCAUAUUGAAUUCAAGAGAAAGUCUUCCCAAUUUAGAGAAUGAUACCUUGUUUAAAUAUACAAUGAAUACACACAACUGUCAAAAUUUACUGUCACAUAGAAUAACAGAAAAUAAUAAAGAUAUAACAGAUGUGAAUGAAAUCAGGUUUAAAAGUCCCCACAACUUAUAUCAAAUUAGAAAUACAGUUUUAACCACCAAAGAGGAGAAGCAGCCAAGGGAUUUCUUUCCACAGAAUUCCGCUCUAUCGAAUGAUGCAUUUGAGGUGAUAAAUUGGACUCAGCGAGAUCCUCAAGAAUGGCACAAUAAUGAGACAGAAGAAGGAAUGGGUAAAAAUGGGCAAGAGAAAUAUUCACAAAACUGCACUACAAAUUUGUUGCACUUGGGGAUUAAGAGCUGCAUGAACAAACCGAGAAUUGAGGAGGAAGAAGAAGAAGAAGAGGCGCACGUGAAUUGUUUUCCCUUGUCUCUAAGAGGAAGAGGAGAAGAGGGCCCUUCCAGUGAUGGUGUCCCUGCUAGAAGUGGUGAAACGGCUAGAAGCCCAAUGCAGACGGAAGAGACAAAGCGAAAAGGGCAGAACAACCAAAAUGUUUCGAAAAAAACCAGCGAAACAUUGGAAAAGAAGGAGAAAAAUAAAGUAAAGACCUUUUACAAAAAAAUAUACGAAUGUUACAAACACAUGUGUGCAUUGGAAUACAGCAAUAAGUAUCUGUCAUGGCUUUGCAGUGGCAUGUCUCUGAUAGAUGUGGCUAUUAACUUUAUGAUAAAUGUCAGACUUUAUGAAAACUUCCAAAAGAAGAAAAUCAAGAGAAACAAAGGGGAAAAAAAGAAAUUUAUUCCUAAAAUUAUACUUUAUUUAACUCACCAAUCUGCCAUUUUAUCUUUCCAGUCUUGUGUAGGUAUUAAAAAAAAUUCCAUGAAAAUUCCUCCCUUUGCUGCUUUUUUAUCCCUCGAAUUAAUGCACAUAAAGAAGAAAGGUGAGAAGAGAGACACACGAGUGCAUAAUAAUGUGCAAAGACAUGACAUGUCCGAGUUGCAUAAUAGUUGUUACUUGAGCCAAGGUAUUAACAGAGAUGAAAAUGAUGAUGAAUCUAUUAGCAAGAGGGAAAAACCUGUUUUUGUAAAGAAGAGCUUAGGAAAAUCGGAUGAUCACAAAAGCGUUGACAAAAGUAAUAUCUCAAAUUUUAUUUAUAAAUAUAACACUGCAAACAUAUUUUGUUGCAAAGAAGAUUGUGUAUGGAAAGUGAAGCGGAUUGGUAUGAAGAGAGGAAGGGAUAAAAAUCGUGCACUUGGAAGAGCGGAAGUUGGGACAGCAGCAGUUGGGGCAGCGGCAAUUGGAAGAGCGGAAGUUGGAACACUUGGAACAGUUGGGGAGAGUGAAAAUUACAAGUGCCAUUUUUCAGACACGACCCCAGUGAAUACAGCAUAUAACACAAUGGUUAAUAAGCCAUUCAUCCAAGCAAGUGAUGCGAAGGAGAAGAGAGAAAAGAAAAACGUGUGCAGGAAAAAAUUCGAAAGCUAUCUGCCCAAGUGUACUAACAAGAUUGAGGACUUUAAAAAUUUGUUUUAUUUAUUAUGCUACAAAAACAGCAACAUAGCAAAUCUGAUUCAGUUAUACAAUAUAUGCUUAAGUGAUAAUUACUCAUACAUAAAAAGUACACAACUCAAGAAUGGGGAAAAUAGGAGGAGGAGAUCUUUUUAUGGGUAUUUUGUCAAAUUUACAUUUAAUCAUCAUUUCCCUCUUAAAUUAAAAAAAAGAAAAUCCAUAAACAAGUAUAAACUGAAUAAGAAGGAGACACGCCCUUCUGAUCUCGCGAAGGGUGAUGUAAAAAGUGAGUUAUACCCCAAUUCGCUACGCAACAAUCAGAAAGGUGAUCAUGUCUUCAAGACUGUAGUUGGACGAAUAUGUGGGGAAGGGCUGGGUAAAGAAGUUGGUGAGGAGGUUGAUAAGGUUUAUAAAGUGUCUGAUGAGGUUCAUAAAGUGGCUCAUGAGGAGGCUGAUGAGGACACUUCUGAAAAGGCUUAUGAAGAGACAGGACAAGUGGUGGACACUCCAUUCAAAGCAGAUAAAAAAGUUGCUGCAAAAUCUGAGAGAUGCACAAAGCGAAUGAGAAAAAAUAUGCCAGAUGACCACAAUCAGAUUAGCAAUUCCAAAGAAAAGAGAAGGGAAAAUCCAGAACUCGAGAAGGAAGAAGAAAAAAAAAAAAAAAAAAAAUUAGAAUCGAAGAAGGAAAAGAUAGCCCAAGGAUGUUGUACGAAAGAAUACCAAGUUCCGUCGAAUGGAGUGGUACGAAAAAGUACAUUAUUUGAUGCGAAUGAGAAAUGUCUCCCAUUGUUCAGAAAAAGUAAAAAAAUGGAGAUGAAGAAGGAGGAGAAGAAGAAGAAGAAGAAGAAGAAGGAGAAGAUUAAGGAGACGAAAGAAGACCCAUGUUGUGAUAUUAGUGUUCCCAGUAAAUACAAGAAUGUGAAAAAUAAGAAGAGUAAUAAGCGAGGAACGAGUAGUCACCUCAGAAGGGAUAAAAUAAUGCAACAGUUGAAUAUGAACAAAUUCAAUUUUGAUUGCAAAUAUGAUAAAUACAUGCAAUAUGUUUACAAUAGUAGCAAUGUGAGGUAUGGAAAAACAUAUUAUAAGCUUAACAAAGAAAGCGAUAUAAAAUUUAGCACCAAAAAAAGUGUCGACAUAAACAAUCGGUUGAUAGAAAAAUCGAAGGAAAGGUUAAACGGAGCGGGAAGUUCAUUUUCGAGCACAGAAAAUACACAUGACGAAUUCGAAGUGGGAAAUGGAAAGUUUAAGUCUCUAUGGAAAGGGAAGAAUGCGGGUGCACAUAAUGCAACAAGUGGGGUCAACUCAACAGGUGGAGUAAACUCAAUAAAUGUGAUGAAUUUUUCCAGUGUGGAGAAUGAUGAUGAGGAGCAACAGGAGGAGGGGAAAACAAAUAGGCCUAGGUCAGACCACAUCGACAAUUUGAAGAUAAACGAAAGAGAAACAAAACACGCAAAUGAUAUGACCAUGGGGUACAGUUUUAAACUUCCAAAGAAAAACAUUGCGUCUAAGUUGUUUAUAAAUAGGAUGAUUUCUAAAACGGAGAGAAAAGCAAAGUCGGGUUCUAAUAGGAAGAAAGACGAAAGUGACAAAAGGAAUUAUCAAAAUGAGAAUAUUAUUUGCUUAGAUUGCUUGAUUAGCUAUUUGAGGAAGAUGCUCAAGGUUUAUGGUAACCCAGAGAUGCUGUAA